UUUUAGUGUAUAAACAAAACGAUCUAAACAGAAACGUUGUGAUUGUCAUGAGGAAUUCGCAAUUCAUAUUCAACUGUAGUGCCAUUUUUCUUUCCCGCCAUUGGAUUUCCGCAAUUGUGACAAGUUGAAACUGGGUGAACAACCCGUCUCGAGCACCAGACAAAAUAAACCACAGCCACAUAGAACACUAUAGUAGUUAGAAGUGAACAUACAAACAUGAACGGCUUUCAUGUAAUAGAGGAGAUCCAAACACUACGGUUUCACAUGCCACUAUGAAGUACAUCUUGGUCACUGGAGGUGUCAUAUCCGGAAUUGGCAAGGGCAUCAUUGCCAGUAGUGUGGGCUUAAUCCUGAAGUCCUGUGGUCUGCAUGUGACUGCCAUCAAAAUCGACCCCUACAUCAACAUUGAUGCUGGCACCUUCUCACCUUAUGAACAUGGUGAAGUGUUUGUGUUGGACGAUGGAGGUGAGGUGGACCUGGAUUUAGGAAACUACGAGCGCUUCCUGGACAUCAGGUUAACCAGGGACAACAAUCUGACCACCGGCAAAAUCUACCAGUCAGUCAUCAACAAGGAGAGGAGGGGAGACUACCUGGGCAAAACUGUACAGGUGGUGCCACACAUCACAGAUGCCAUUCAGGAGUGGGUGGUGAAGCAGGCCAAGAUCUCAGUGGAUGACGAUGGGGUGGAGCCACAAGUCUGUGUUAUAGAGUUGGGAGGCACUGUGGGAGACAUUGAGAGCAUGCCAUUUAUCGAGGCCUUCAGACAGUUCCAGUUCAAGGUGAAGAGGGAUAACUUCUGCAACAUUCACGUCAGCUUAGUCCCACAGCCCAGUGCCACAGGAGAACAGAAGACUAAACCCACUCAGAACAGUGUCCGAGAGCUCCGUGGACUAGGACUCUCCCCAGAUCUGAUCAUGUGCCGCUGUGCGACACCUCUGGAGAACGCUGUCAAGGAGAAGAUAUCCAUGUUCUGCCACGUAGAGCCCACGCAGGUGAUCUGCGUGGCAGAUGUGUCGUCCAUCUACAGAGUACCCCUACUACUGGAGGACCAGGGGGUGGUGGGCUACAUCUGCCAGCGGCUGGACCUACCUAUUGAGAUGAGGGCCAGGAAGAUGCUCACCAAGUGGAAGGAGAUGUCCGACAGGUCUGACCGGCUCCUGGAACAUGUGUCCAUCGCCCUGGUAGGGAAGUACACAAAGUUCUCUGACUCAUAUGCCUCUGUCAUCAAGGCCCUGGAGCACUCAGCCCUCGCCAUCAACCACAAACUAGAGAUCAAGUUCAUCGACUCUGCAGACCUAGAGCCAAAUACACUGCAGGAGGAGCCUGUGAAGUACCACGAGGCCUGGCAGAAACUCUGCAGUGCUGACGGUGUCUUGGUACCUGGAGGCUUCGGUGUACGGGGGACAGAGGGGAAAAUCCAGGCUAUCAGCUGGGCCAGGAAAAAGAAAAAGCCAUUUUUAGGGGUAUGUUUGGGCAUGCAGUUGGCAGUGUGUGAAUUUGCCCGCAAUGUUCUCGGCUGGCAAGAUGCCAACUCUACUGAAUUCCACCCAGAAUCCAAACACCCUGUGGUGAUUGACAUGCCAGAACACAACCCUGGGCAGAUGGGUGGGACUAUGAGGUUGGGGAAGAGGCGGACCGUCUUCAAAUCCAACACCAGCAUUUUGAGAAAGCUGUAUGGCGAUGUCGACUAUGUUGACGAGAGGCAUCGGCACCGCUUUGAGGUGAACCCUGAGCUGAAGCACCACUUUGAGGAGAGGGGCUUCCAUUUUGUCGGCCAAGAUGUAGAGGGAGAGAGGAUGGAGGUCAUUGAGCUGGAUGAUCACGCCUAUUUUGUUGGAGUGCAGUACCACCCAGAGUUCACUUCGCGUCCCAUCAAGCCCUCGCCCCCCUACUUUGGCCUCCUGCUGGCCGCAGCAGGGAAACUCCAGAGCUACCUACAGAAAGGUUGUCGCCUCUCACCACGAGACACCUACAGUGACCGCAGCGACAGCAGCUCUCCAGACUCUGAGAUCGCUGAGCUGAAGUUCUAGGAGUUACCAGUUACAUGCACCUGUUACUCUGUUGAUGCUGGUACUACUGUUACAGCUCACCUCACCUGUUUGAACUCAAUACAGCAGCCUCCGCUCAUCUACCUGCAAAUAAAUACCUUUUUCUGUCACCCAA